AUGCAUAAAAAAGAUAUUGAAGUUACUGAGAAUAAUAUUAUGAUAAAUGAAAAGAAAAAAAAAAAAAAAGAAGAUGUUCUUUUGGAAUUUCUCAGAGAAAAUAAUGUAAAAGCGUCUCAACUUUUAAAUAGUAUAUGGAUUUAUUAUUAUUAUCAUAAUAUAAAAACAAUAACAAAAAAAAUAAAAGAGUUACAAAAUGAAAAUAAUAAUAAGAAUGUUUUAAAGAAAUAUUUAUUAACAUUAAGUAUAAAUAUUGAUGAUGCUUUUGAUUAUUUUAAAGAUAUUUUAAUACAUAUAAAAAAAGCAUACGAUGAAAAAAAAUAUGAAUGCAUUUUAUAUAUGAGUAAAAUAAUAAAUAAGCAAAGUAAAUAUUCUAUUGAUGCAAAAUUAAGUAAUGAAAAUGAAUGUGAACAAAGUUUAAAAGAUUAUACUAUUGAAUAUGACAAUUAUGUAAAUAAUGUUAUUGAUAGAUUUUAUUCAGAGAAAAAUGAAAAAAAUAUUGAAAAUAAAGGAAAUACAACUUUAUAUAAUAAUUUAGAAAUUGCUAGAAUAUGUCUUAGUAACACAUUCAAAAUUUUUGGAGAUUUGUUUAGAUAUAAGUCGCACUUUUUUAAAGAAAACAAAAAAAAAAAUGAAAUAAAAUCAUGUAUAAAUUAUUACAAAUCUUUAAAUUAUUACAAAUAUAAUGGUCAUUUAUUUAAUCAGUUAUCAUUAUUAUAUAUAAAUUGUAAUCCUAUAAAAUGUUUAUUUUUCUAUUUUUUAUCAUUAAUAGCAUAUAAUCCAGCACCCAAUAGAGAUGCUGUGGUUAUGUUUAUGGAAAACAUAUUAAAUGAAAGGAAAAAAAUGGGUAAAUUAUUAGAGGGUCUAAAGAGCAAUAAUAAAGAGAAUAGUAAUAAUAAUAAUAAUAUUUCGAAUAAAUCAGGUAGAAAUAAUUAUCAUAUUAAAAAUAAAGAUGAUAAUUUUUUAUCUUUUAAAGAUUGUAAAAACAAGAUAAAAAAUAUUUACCUUAAAGAAGAAAAAUUAGAACAUAUGAAGUCUCAUAUAUUAAAAGAUAAUUUAGAAGAAAAAUUAGCUUCAAAAAAUGAUUAUAGAAAUAAUGUUGAAAAAGAUUUAGCAGAAAAAGAAUUAGGGGAAACUAUUAUAAAUUUUUAUAUAAGCUAUUUUAAAAUUAUUAAGUUAUUAUUUUCAAAAAUUGAUAUGAAUAAAUUUGAAAAAAAAAAAAAUAAAUUUAUAUAUUAUACAAAUAAAUAUAUAAAAAUUCAAUAUUACAAUAAAAAAGAAGAUAAAUUAAUGUUGAAAAAUUUAAUUUUGAUUAUUUUUACUUUACUAAGCAUUGUAAUUUAUAUAAUCAUUAGUCAACAUGAAAAUGAAAGAAAUAAAAAUGGCUUUUUUUUUUACGGUGAUAUAAAUAUAAAUAAAUAUAUAUAUAAAAAUGAACAAAUUUACUUUUCUUUUCUAUUAAUUCAUGAAAUUUUAUUAUCUUGCAAAUAUUUUUAUCUUAAUUUUUAUUCACAAUAUCUAUCCGUAUUUAUAUAUAUGUUGUACUGGAUAAACAAUGAGAAAAAUCUUAAAAAUUUAAAUUUGAAUAAGCUAAAUGAAGAAGAUGAUAGAGAAAAGAAUUCUCUUAUCAAACAGUAUCAUGAGGAUUAUAAAAAAAAGACAAUUUAUGUUUGUACAAAUAAUUUAAAAGAUAGUAGAAGAAAGAAGGGUAGUAGUGGAUUUGGAGAUGAUUUAAAAAAAGAAGAUACAAAAAAAUCCGGAGAAUAUAGUGAAUCAAAGUUUUUAUAUAACGAUAUUAUAAAAAGCAUCAAGGAUUUGAUUUAUAGUUUAAAAAUAAAAAAGGAUAUUAAAAUGGAAAAUUCAUUACUACAUUAUAAAUUAAAAGAAGAUUUUUAUAUUUAUCCAUUUCUAAAUUCUUUACGAUUUAAAAAGUUCAAUAUGGAAGAUGAAGUAAAUGAAAAUAUUGACUUUGAAAAAAAAUCUAAUAUAAAUCAAAUGAGUGCUUGUGAUGAUUCUAAUGAAGACGAUAUUGUAGUUUUAAAAAAACCAUUAUUUGUAAAAUCAGACGCUAUUAAUGGGGAAAUUAUAAAUGAAAAGAAUGAUUCAAAUAAAAAGUUAAAUUGUUUUAAUGAUUUAUAUGAAAAAUCUAUUAUAAACAGUAAUCACUUUUCUACACCUGAUAAUGAUUUUAACAAAAAUGCUACUAAGCAUAUUGAUAUAAAUAAUACAUUAGAAUAUAAUAUUUUUAAAGAUAACAAAACAUUUCAUUCGAAUAUAUUUGAUUCUAAUGAAGAAUGUAUACAAAUAGAGAAUUAUAUUAUAGCAACAAAAAAUAUUAAUAAUGAUGAAGAAAUAGAAGAAAAUGUAAGGAUAAUCCGAUUCCAUUCAUUAAUACAGAAUAGAGAUAAUUGUGCUAAUGAAACUUCUUUUUUUGAGGGUUUAUGUAAAAAAUAUUUGAAAUCAAACAUGGAAAAAAAUGUGGUAAAAAAUGAUAAUACAAAAUAUGAGGAUCUAAACUAUUUAAACUUUACUAAAAGAUUAUAUGAUGAUUAUUCCUGUGUUCUUAGUACUUCAAAUGAUAUAUUUGAAAAUAAUUUUGCAGUUUAUAAUAACAACAAUGUGAAUUUGAAUUCAUUAAAAUUGGUUAAUAGUGAUUAUACUAACAAAAAUGCUGAGGAUAUUUCAUAUUCACUUUUAAAUGAGAAAACUAACAAAAAUCAAACUAACAGUACUUUCAAUAUAAGUAUUGAAAAUAUAGAUGCUACUUCUAACAACAUAAAUAAUAAUAAAAUAGAUACCAAUAACAAUAGUAUUACUAAUGAUAAUAAUAAUUUUGAAAUCAGAGAUAUAGAGAAUAAUAAUAUUGAUAGAUAUAUUUUUAACAAUAAUUACAAAGGUAAAUUAAACCUAAAUAAGGAAAAUUCUAAAAGUCAUGUAUAUGAUAAUAUCAAAAUGAAAAAUAAUGAAAUAGAAUUAAAUAAUGAAAAUAUCAAUAAUUAUGUAAAUAAAAAUGUUAACAUAAAAAAUGAAAGUGUUCACGGAAUUAACAAAAUUAAUAAUAAUAUUUGUAAUUUAGAAAAUAUAAAACAUUUUACUGUGAAUAAUAUAAAGGAUAAUAUGAAUACUAGAAAAAAUAAUUUUAUCUAUGAUUAUAGUGACAGCAACCAUAGCAAAAAAGGGAAAACAUAUGAAUUAAAUACUCUCAAUGAUAAAUUAUAUCUUAAAUUCAAUAAAAAUCAUAUGUAUGUUAAUAAUAAUUUAGACACAAAUAAUAAAAAACAAGAAAAUAGUUUGGAGGCUAUCAGUAAUAUUUCAAAGAUUCACAGAAUGUAUAAUGAUUCAAAUAUAUUAAGUUACGAUGAUAAUAAUAGUUAUAAUAACUGCAAUAAUUAUAACAAUAUCAGUAAUAUUAAUAACAAUAAUAGUAAUAAUAAUAAUAGUAGUAAUAAUAAUAAUAAUAGUGGUAAUAACAAUAAUAGUAUUAAUAAUAAUAAUAGUAAUAAUAAUAAUAAUAGUAAUAAUAAUAAUAAUGAUAAUAAUAAUAACAUUGGUAAUAAUAAUAAUAAUAGUAGUAGUACUACUACUACUAAUAAUAAUAAAAGUGGUAAAAAUAAUAAUGGUAUUGUUAAUACUUUUCAAAAUGAUGAAAAUUUUCAGAAUAAUGAUAUAGGAGCAUAUAAAAAAAAUUAUAAAAUUCAAUCAAGUUUUAUGCUAAAUAAAUGGAAUAGUUUUAAUUAUGAUUUAUUCGAAGAUUCUGAAAAUAUUACAAACAAUAAUAAUUAUAUACAUAAUAUAGAUAAUAAUAAAAAUAAUACAGAUGAAAAAUUGGAUCAUUAUAAUGAAUUACUUAAAAAAUUUUCCAAAAAUAAUACUUUUGAUGAAAAUUCAAAUGCAGAUGAAGUUAAUACAACAAGGAGUCAGACAGUAGAAAAUAUUAACAAUAAUAAUAAUAAUAAUAAUAAUAAUUUUUUAAUUAAUUCAAUGAAAAACACAUAUGCGAAUGAUAAUUCUAUAUGUAUAAUAGAAACUAAUAAGGAAUCAAACACUAAUUCAUCCUUUAAUUAUAUUAAAAAAAAUGAAAAUACUUAUAAUAAUAUAAAUAAUGAGGAUGUCAUUUCUCAUAAUAAUAAUAUAAAUAAAUAUAUACAAAAACCAAAACAUUAUUUAAAUGAUUCAUUAAAAAAAAUGAUUAUAUUAGAUGGGAAAAACAUAGGAACAAGAUAUAAAGAUAAUUAUAUAAAAUAUUUUGAUAUUUUUCGUAUUAAAUUUGCUUUGGAUUAUUAUAAGGAUAAAGAAUAUAUUGUAAAAGUUAUUAUGCCUCAAGAAUAUUUAACUUAUGAGAAAAAAAUAUUUGACCACAAUAAAUAUAAUAGUAAUAACAAUCAUUCUAACAACUCUAAAAAUAAUAAUAUAUACAGUUAUGGAAGUAAUGAAUUAAGUUUAACUAAAAAUGAUUUAUUAUUUUUUCAACAUCUCAAUAUUUUAGGUUGCUUAAUUAUUCAACCAUUAGAAAAUUAUUAUAAUUUUUGUAUAGAUUAUAUACAAAAAUUUAAUUCCUGUUUUGUAACAAACAUUGUUUUUUCUAAUUCAAAUGUUAAAUUAUGUGAAAAUCAACAAAUAUAUAAAAAUAUUUCUUCUCAUAUUAUAUCUUAUACUUUUUUAGCGGACGAAUUUUUACCAAACCCAAAUUUUAAAUGGCCAAUUCACAGUAAUAAAUAA